UAAUGGACAAUUGACCCGUUCACGUCUAACACUAUUUGCGAAAAGGGUCUGCGAUCCGAAUAAUAGUCCCGCUCGAGCCUCCGGCUUUAGAUAUUGUAUACGCAUGCAUAAUCGAGAACGAGAAUCGGACGUCGACACGGAAUUGUGUGUUGGGGUGGGGGGGAUUGUCGUGACGAUAAAACUACACGGCGCUCUCUCUCUGCUAACCAGUACACAUUGAGACGUCGAGAGAGUAACUUGCUGCGACAUGUAAAAUUGGUUCGCGCGGAAGCAAUAACGAAGAAAAAUUGUUAAUAAUCUAUUAACAAACAUCCCCACCAAUCACGAAGAACGUCGAGACACCCUCUGUAGGGUAUUUCAGUCAACGCAACGCGUGUGCGUUCUCGUCAACGUUUUCUCGUUUCUUCCAUUUCAAAGUUAUCGACUCUUCACUACGAAAUCCGACUUCUGUAAUCACGAAGUAACAUUUGAAAUUUCAUCGUCGUCGUGCAAAGUGCUCGUUUUUCGCAGCUGUACGGAGAUACGAAUCGAAUAACAGUGGAAGAAGAUGGAUUGAAGGACUAUCGACUACAGAACUCUCGCGUGCAACUUUUGCUCGUACGUACUGCGUGAAGUGGCUUCGAUUUCUAUGGUGUGAAAGCAGCGUUAUUCGAAAGCAUCUAUUCGUGGCAUCUGUAAACGGUCGCGGGAUCAAUUGAACGAAAGGGGUAACAGUAAAAGCUCUACGCGUGUGAAAGUGAUCCGAUCUGUAUCCGUGUUUGAUAUUAUCGUCGAAUAGGAUAUCAGAGGACACACCUAGACGACGCGUCGAGCUCGUAAGCGUCGAUUGAGGUUAGCUCGCGUCCAAAAGAUAAUCGCAAUUUAAGUGCGUACGUUGGUGCGUAGCGGAGUGACGAUUUUAUUUGUACACAUUGUACGUACUUGCGUGCGUAUUCCGGUGUCAGCCCGAAGGGAAGAAUAAUGUCAAGCAGUGUUUGCCACGCGCCCCUGCCAGCACGAAUGGAAGCGUUCACCACGCGGCUCUGUCUUCGUGCUGCUGACCAAUAUGAGCGGCUUCUGCAAGCUCGCUUCAACAAGAUUUCUUUGGUUCCAGCCAUCGAAGAAAGAGCAAACGCAUGUGAACCAUAACUCCAACCAGAAAGAUCAUCGAAGGCAGAAGGAUGCUUCGUCGAGCAGUACUUACAGCGCUUUUCGUCAAUGGCGAAGGAGCACCUCUAUGGGCUCGAAUCGGUCCAACAGCGUUGGAUCCAGCUCGACCAGGGCUCUCGCCAAGAUUCCCAAUGAUCCAGCGACGAUUCAGAAGAUGGAACAAUUCCCUAUGGUUCUCUCCGAUGCCACCACGCCUGAAGAGGACCUCUCGUUGAAGUUUCUGGCACUGAACGCUUUAGAUCUAACGGCACCAGCCAGUGACGUUCUGUUGAAGAAUAGAUUGAAGUCCUGGUUCCAGUUAUCCGGCCACCCGGAUGGCUUCGCGCCAGCCGGACCCGGCACAGUUUGGAAAAGAAAAACAGGAGGAUCAGAGAAUACAGAGAGGAUCGUUUACGAGGCGCUCAGCAAAGACAAAGAAUUACGAGAUUGCAUACCGAGAUACUACCGAGAAGUAGAGUACAAAGGCGACACGUUCAUCGAGCUGCAGGAUCUGCUUUUCGGGUUCAACGAUCCUCACGUAAUGGACAUCAAGAUGGGGACGAGGACGUUCCUCGAGUCCGAGGUGUCGAAGACGACCGCGAGACCGGAUCUCUAUCAGAAGAUGAUCGCCGUCGAUCCCAACGCCCCAACGAAGCAAGAACACGAGCAACGCGCCGUGACCAAAUUACGGUACAUGCAGUUCCGUGAGCAACAGAGCUCGACUCGUAGCCACGGAUUCCGAAUCGAGGCUAUGAAAUUACCCGGAGCGCCGCCGAUCACCGAUCUGAAGAAAGUGAAGUCCCACCAGGAAGUCCUCGAUACCAUGAAGCUAUUCCUAGGAACUCGCGAGGCAACGCGCGAGAAGCUGCUCGUACGACUGAAGAAUCUUCGCUCGAAAAUCGAAGCGUCCGAGUACUUCAAGACUCACGAAAUAAUUGGUAGUAGUGUCUUCAUGAUCUAUGAUGACGACAAAGUUGGCGCGUGGUUGAUCGACUUCACUAAGACGCAAGAAUUACCGAAUGGACAAAGAGUGACACAUAGAAAGCCGUGGGAACAAGGCAACCAUGAAGAAGGAUUUCUAUUUGGUCUUGAUAUUCUGAUUUCGACAAUAGAAGAAGCUGCCAUUUCGAAGGCAGCGUAGCCUUUGUCGAUUAUAAAUAAUCCUUCCCUGGCCUCAUCGUAAUAACUUCUAAAGUCAUACAUCUUUAUUUA